AUGAGAGUUAGAAAGAAGACAUCUAAGAGAACCUCCACUCGUAUGAGAGAGGGGAUCAAGAAGAAGGCUACUGCUCAGAGAAGAAAGGAGAAAAAGAUGGCUAAAAAAGACAUAACAUGGAAAUCAAGAAGUAAGAAAGAUCCCGGCAUCCCAGCUAGUUUUCCAUAUAAAGCCCAAAUUCUAGAAGAAAUCGAGGCAAAAAAGAUGAGAGAAAUGGAAGAAAGAGAGUUAGCUAAGCAGCAAAGACUUGAAGCCAAGAGAGCUGCCAUGGAAGCUGGUGUUACUGAAGAGAUGAUGGAUGAUGAUGAAGAUGACUCUAACGGCUUAUCUGCUCUUGUAGAAUCUGCACAGGCUGCCGCUGAAGAGUACGAUGGUCAUCCUUAUUCAGAAGAACUUCAGUCUCAACCAGUUGAUGUUAUCGAUUAUGAUAUUGACUUCUACACAGAUGCUGACAAUGAUAACGACUCAGAGCUAGAGAAAUCGAGAAAGGCUUACGACAAAAUCUUUAAAACUGUAGUUGAUGCUUCUGAUGUUAU